ACUGCCCCCCUGCCCUUCAAACAUCUAUUUAUUCCCCUUCCCUCCCCAAAAGCACAAACCAUCCUCCACUGCCCCCUCCCCACCUCCAUACCUGGUUCCUUCCCCUUUUCAAAACUCCAUUCCAAGUACUAAUUUCUCUCCUAACCUUUGCUCAUUAUUCCCACAUAGCUAUAAUUCCUCGACUUAGAACUCCACUAUUUUUGCAGGCAGAUGGCUUGUCUUGGGUUUCUUUUGGUGAGUCUCCUCCCAUUGUUCUCUCCAGCCCAUGGGUAUGGGCAUGGAUGGGGUUGGUCUAGAGCCCAUGCCACUUUCUAUGGAGGUGGAGAUGCUUCUGGGACAAUGGGUGGGGCUUGUGGCUAUGGAAAUUUGUACAGCCAGGGAUACGGGACUAACACUGCAGCACUGAGCACUGCUCUGUUCAACGAUGGGCUGAGUUGCGGGGCUUGUUAUGAGAUAAGGUGUGUGGAUGACCACAGGUGGUGCCUGCCUGGCUCCAUUGUGGUCACUGCUACCAACUUCUGCCCUCCCAACAAUGCCCUCCCUAACAAUGCUGGGGGGUGGUGCAACCCACCGUUGCAGCACUUUGACCUUUCUCAGCCUGUCUUCCAGCACAUUGCCCAGUAUAAGGCUGGAAUCGUUCCUGUUGCUUACAGAAGGGUCCCAUGCAAGAAGAAGGGGGGAAUCAGGUUCACCAUCAAUGGGCACUCCUACUUCAACCUGGUGCUCAUCACCAAUGUAGGAGGGGCUGGGGAUGUGCAUGCAGUGUCCAUCAAAGGGUCCAGGACUGGGUGGCAGCCCAUGUCAAGGAACUGGGGCCAGAACUGGCAGAGCAACACCUAUCUCAAUGGUCUGGCCCUCUCCUUCAAGGUCACCACCAGUGAUGGCCGCUCUGUGGUCUCCUACAAUGUGGCUCCUUCUAGCUGGUCCUUUGGCCAAACCUUCAGUGGUGGCCAACUCCAUUGAACCCUCUUAUAUACCAUCUAUCCUUAGAGUAACUACAGUAAUGUACCUGCUACUAGUAGGUCAUACGUAUUUGUUAUAUACUUGGUAGUCUAUUGUCGGUAUGGUGUCUUAGUAGCAUAUCCUAAGAGGUCAAGAUGAGAAAGGGUUUAUUUUAAAGUGGCCCUUCUUAUCAUAUUGGAUUGUGGGAAUUGUUCCAUUGGAAGUGGCCUUUUUUGUGGGCCUUGUAUCUUUUUGACGGUGGAGGAAAAAAGAGACUGCGUACUGCUUUCUCUUGGUAGAAAUUGGCAGAGGUGGACUCUUUACCACCCGCCAGUAGGCAUGUAAGGAGCUUGCUGUAGUCAUCGCUCUUUGUACUUGUCUCCUUGUUUCUGUUUCAUUUAUUUGGAAGUUUGCUUAGUUUCACAAGUGGUGAUUGUAACCAGCUUCUAGCUGGGUAUGUUACGUAUGUACCUGUUAUUUUGAGCCAUAUCAAUGAGAGUAAUUUAAAAUUUUAUGUUUAAGAAAUGCAAGUGGGUUCUUGUGU